GUACUACGCACGCGCGUCCCACGCGCCUCAAGUCUCCCGCGCGCCCGCCCGCCCAGCCGGCCGUGGCUGCCUGCGCUUAACACGCACGCGCGCCCCACGCGGGCCCGGGGCCCUCGUGCCCCCGCCUCGCCUGGCCUGGGCGCCUCCCGCGCGCUCCUUUCCCUCCGCCUUAGCGGCGCUGUAGCGCGGGGCCGCAAGUCCCCGCGGGCCACCCUGAAUUAUUCAUCGGCAGGAAGAUAUUAGAUGUACCCGCUGCCCGCUCAACGCGGGCCGUCGUGCAAUGCUAUCCGAGCUCCGCGCGCGCCCCGCGCCCCUCCUCCUCACGUCCGUCCUCUCUGAAACCUUGGCAGCGAAGGGGGAUCACAUUUCCUUUGUCAUCGGGCCAUUUCGCCCUCGCCUUGGUCCCCCCUCCGAUCCCGAGCGUCGGGGACGGAGCCUUCUCCCGGGCGCGCUGGAAUCAGUGGAACCGGCGGCAGCUGCCCCGCGCGGCGAGCUCGGGAGCCGCGUGGCCAACGCCGCUGGCUCGCCCCCGCGUCAUCUUCUUUCAGAAACGAGUCGCCGACUGGGACGCGGGUGGCCGCGCUGCGCCUACAGGGCUUUGCUCCCGCCGUGCCCUGGCCUCCUGGGGCUUUGCGCAACUCCCCCACUUCGCGCUGCGCGCGCGCGCCCCCUCUUUCUCUGCUUUGCCGCCUCUUCCUCCUCCUCCUCCUCUCAGUACGCCGGUUAUUGGGACUGAUCGGAAUUCGGAAUCCUUUUAAUCUCCAAAGGAGCAAACUCACUUCCGCCCGAGUGCUGGGAGGGGGCUGGGGGAGGGGACCGAGGGGAGGGGGCUCCAGGCAAACAGGAAACAUUAGCCCUCUCGGCAAGGCCCGCUUUUGUGUGCUCCCUCCCCCCUCCUUCCAACCCCCUCCCUCCUCCAGGCCGCUGGGGAGAUGAACGCCCCCAGGCUUCAAUGUGACGACCUUUGAAACCUCCCGAGCGAGGAAUGGAGAACGACUCUUCCGU